AUGACUCGAGAUCUGCAAACGGAGGCCACCUGGGCGCCAUGGUGGAUGGGCUGGAGAGCGGGAAGGGAGGCCCCGACUCCGAUCGAGGAGAGGAGAGAUGCCACCAGCGCGCCACGACGGGAGGCAAGGAGCCCAACGGCCUCAUCUCACGAUACCGAGUCCAUCUCACAGCACCAGCAACAACCACCUCGCGCUACACGCCAGAAGACGACCCACGCUGCGCCUCCUCGACAGCAGGAGCGCACCAGGGCUGCCCCCCAACCGCAGCCGCAAUCGCGAGCCGAGCCCACCAGUAAUAAGCAGACGUCGUCGCCAGAAUCGCCCGCAGCGUCGAGCGCCCCGACUACUAGUCUGCCGCCCACGCCUCCGACGAGAGACGAGCUCCUCCUGGGCUUCUUCCACCACAACGCGACCGAAGAGGGCCUCUCCUACACCCUCUGCGUCCUACCGGCCGGCGACGAUCGCACGCGCGGCGAGUGGGAACUCUACGAAGACUUUGACCCCACCAAGCGAAGCCACACCAGCACUCGGCCGGCUCCUUCGACGACUACGAGAAGGCGAACGACGUGGAGCGGUCGGUGGAGCCUGCGGCCGGAGCGAGACGGCUUUGGGUGGGUGGAGCUUCUCAAGACUGCCGAGGCCGUGCAGGAGAAUGGCCGCACGGUCGAGCAGCAGUGCCUCAUGUCGCAGUGCUGUCCGUACAACGUCACCACCGAGAACAGCGCUGCCGACGGAAGCCGACGAAAGGUGAUGGGCAUCAUGCUCAACGCGUUUGAUCGCAGCGGAGGCCUCUUUCUCACCCGCGCCCUCUAG